AUGGCUUCUUCUUCGUCUUCCUCUUCGCGCUACGGUGUCUUCUUGAGCUUCCGAGGAACUGACACUCGAAGAACCUUUGUGAGCCAUCUGCACAAAGCCUUGGUUGACAGAGGAAUCGUCACUUUCAAGGACGACGAUACGAUUAAGACAGGCGAGCCUUUUCCCAAUGCGAUCCUCGAAGCAAUCCAAGAUUCAAGUUUCGCAAUCAUUGUCAUCUCGGAGAAUUUCACUUCUUCGAAAUGGUGCUUGAUCGAGCUCCGAUCUAUAAUGGAGCUCUGGAGCGUAAACAAAGUCAUCGUCUUUCCCAUCUUCUACGGAGUUGAGCCCUCUGACGUGAGAAGAGAGGACGGACGUUUCUGGAAACCGCUUAAAAGGCACCGGCGCUCUCCAUUUGCUGAGGAGGUUCCUAAAUGGAAAGAAGCUCUCACUAAAGUCUCUUAUCUCCAAGGCAAAGAUCCCAGACUAUUCAAGGACGAUGCAGCAAUGAUUGGAGUGAUUGUUAGUGAAAUUUCGAGUCUUUUGCCAUCUAUGUUGGCUAUAGACUUUGGUGAUGUUGUUGGAAUGGUACCUCACAUGGAGAGGCUAGAUUCUAUGAUGAAUAUUAGAUCAGAGGAGAGAGAGGUUCGUAUGAUUGGUAUUUGGGGAAUGGGAGGCAUAGGGAAGACCACCAUUGCCAAGUAUCUCUCAAACCAAUACUCUCGCCAGUUCUCUGCUUGUUGUUUCAUAGAAGAUGCUUGCAAGUUGACUACAGCUUAUGGUCUCGUGGGUUUACAGGAAAAGCUGGUCUCUUCCAUCCUCCCUGAAGACCAUGUGAAGAUCUCCACCGUUGAACAAGGAUGCCACCAUAUCAAGUCCACACUUGGACACCGGAGAGUGUUUUUCGUUCUUGAUGGUGUUGACAGCGUGAAACAGAUACAAGCCGUAGCAAAAGAGACGGCCAUGUUUGGUAGAGGAAGCCGGAUCGUCAUCACUACAAGAGACAAAAGCUUGCUAAGAACCUGUGGUUUUAGCGAAGGAGACUUAUAUGAGGUUCAUUGCUUGGAAAGUGGCAACUCUCUCCUCAUGUUUAAAAGCUUUGCUUUUGAAGGAGGAAGUCCACCUUGUGAUUCUUAUGAACAGCUCUCGAUUCGAGCUUCUGAGCUUGCUCAUGGUCUUCCUUUUGCACUUGAAGCUUUCGGGUUAUGUUUCCGUGGAAAGAUCACGACAGAUGAUUGGGAGGAUGAGCUACGGAGAUUGGAAACAACUCCUCAUGAGAACACCAUGGCGAUCUUGAAGAUUAGCUACAACGACUUACAUCCAGUAGACAAGAACGUUUUUCUUCAUGUUGCAUGUCUCUUUAAUGGAGACUCGAUCCUGCGCGUCAAGGCCCUUGUAGAUAACUUCGAAUUCGGGAUAGAACUUUUAUCAGAGAAAUCUCUCGUUAACAUAUCAACUGACGGAUAUCUCAAGAUGCAUGCUAUGGUUGAGCAAACGGGAAGGCAGAUUGUGCGUCAAGAAAGGCCUCAAGACCAAUUAAUCUUGUGGGAUCCUCGAGAAGUUUUUAAUGUACUUACACAUAAGUCGGGGACUGAAAAAAUCCAAUGCUUGGUAAUGCACAUAUGCGAGAUGAGUAGAGAGCUGGCUAUAAGCUGCGACAAUAUCAGGCCGAUGUAUAAUCUAAAAAUGAUCAAGUUCUACAAGCACUUUGAUGAUAUAGAGUCAAAACUGCAGUUUGUUUCAGAAGAUCAUUUACUUCUCCCAAACCUUGAGCUUAAGUUGCUUCACUGGGAUGCAUUUCCAUUGACAUCCCUGCCUUCUGAUUUGCAUCUCGAGUGUCUUGUUGAAGUCCAUCUCCGUUACAGCAACCUCGAGAGCCUUUGGGAUGGGACACCGGAUCUUAGGAACUUGAGGAAACUAGAUGUGACAGGCUCUAAGAAUCUGAGAGAACUUCCAAACAUUUCAAACGCCUCGGAGCUGGAGGACUUGAUCAUGGACGGUUGCACGAGGCUGCAACGGUUUCCAAGGUACAUUGGUAGCUUAUACAGUCUAAGGAAACUCAAUGCAACCCAUUGUGAUGCUCUUUGGAGUCUCGAGAUCAAUAUAAGGGUAGCCACAAGCUUUCAAGAACACUGCCCACAGAUUAUACUGGAGCUUCCCAAAGAAUCAGAGCCACUGCAGUCUCUUGCAAAUCUAUCCAUAGAUGGGAAGAUAAAGUUUUGCCCUGGGAAGCUAGAAGGAGAAGCAGACCACUUCUCUUUCAAUUUGGAGAGACAUAUCCCUUUAAAGUUGAUGAUGAGACCGCAGCGACGACCUCGCCUGCCGUCAAGUUGCCGUGAUUUUAAAUGCCUUGAGAUCAAGCGGAACAACUACAAUGAGGACGUCUCUCCUUUCAGAUGCCAUAGCUUUUCAGACUUCCCAAAUUUAACAGAGCUAAACCUAAUCAGUUUGAAGAUGAAUGAUAUCCCAUCGAGUAUCGGUGAACUGCAGGCUCUAGAGAAGCUAAAUCUCAGUGGCAAUGACUUCGAGGAUUUACCUAGAACCAUGGAACAACUUUCUAGUUUGAAGUAUUUGGACCUCCAUAGUUGCUGCAAUCUCAAAGCAUUGCCACCGCUGACUCAAGUGGAGACGCUUAUACUCUCUGACUGUAUCAACCUCAGAUCACUGAUGGAACGUCAUGAAGAUCAAGGGAGAUACCGUUUGCUUGAGCUUGACCUUGAUAACUGCAACAAAGUUGAGUCUCUCUCGGACCAGCUCAACCACUUCACCGAUUUGAUAGAGUUAGACCUUAGCAGACACGACUUUGAAACAGUGCCUGCAAGCAUCAAAGAGCUUUCCUCGUUGAGAACUCUCAACCUGAACGAUUGCAAGAGACUCAGAUCAUUGGAAGAGCUUCCGUUGAUCAUCGAGUGUCUCUUUGCACAUGGCUGCUGCGUACUGGAGAGUGUCCCUCUUUCCCUUGACCAAUAUAUCGAUUUGACGCUAGAAAGUGGAAGCUUACAAGAAUCUGAGUCGCCAACUUCUUCUGUAAAUAAUGAUGAUGCAAUCGAAAGGUGGCAGUUACCAAUCAGGAUCAAGCCUUCUCUCGUGCUUCUUGGCAGUGUUACUUGCUUCAUGCUUUUCUUUGUUGCGGGAAUGGUGAAACACAAUCGGAGACGAAGCCAACCAACAUUUCGACCUCCUCAUCUAGGUACAUAA